CUCAGCGUCCACGAUCUUUUGGAGCGGCUGCUCUGCUGGGACGAGCACGGCAUGGUGCUGGAUCGCAGCAGAUUCACCAUGCUGAAGAAGUUCAGCCUCAGUCCCUGCAUCCGGGCACAUAGCGGCUCGGCCGGUGCAAUAUUGAGUAACUGGAGAUUGUGGCAGGUGGAAGAGCUGAAGAUGGACCAGACAGAAUUCACGUCCGAAGAAGCCUUUGCCGAGCAACUGGUCGAAAACUUCACGCAUCUAACCGUCCUCUCCCUCCCCCGAAGCCGCAUCACGGGUGUCGGCAUCAAGCGCAUCAUAACGGGUCUACGCUCCAAGCACACCGAGGACCCCGCACGCUGUCCCGGCCAAUUGCGCCGCCUCAACAUCGACUACUGCCUUGAUGUCUCGCCGGACGCGGUUGAGUGGGCCAAGAAACAGGGCGUCGAGAUCAGCUGGAAGAUGUAUACGGUCAAGCCGAGCGGGAAGAAGGUGAGGUAUUAGAGGGUGAAGUGGUAAGCCGGAGAGGCGUUUUUUGUUUGCACCGAUGGCGUUUGGCGAGAGUGGAGCGAGAGGGCUUAUGGAUAUGGCGGUAUGGCUGUUGCAGCAUACGUAGGUCCAUAUUAUUGUGUUCAGCUCUUGCAUUCGGGAAGCAGAUGUUAUUUUUCUUUUGACUGUUUUGCAUGUCUCUUAGCAGA